UUGUUAUCGGGGGGCUUCGUCUCGCAGCCCUCCUCCCGGCUUUCUCCGCGUGUUUUCUAGCCUAUUUGCUCGCCUUUCUCCAGCAUGGAGCCUUUCUCCUGAGAGGCGCUGGACGGAGUUUGUUCCGACACAUGGAGCAGCGCAGGAUUUACGCUCUUUAAUUGGCUGCAACAUUCAAUCAGUUCCUCUGGUUUUUAUUCCUCUGGGGUGGAUUCAUACUGGACUCCUGAAAAACCUUUUUUUUUUUUUAUUAUUCCUUUGUCUUCUUUUUGGCUUUUCAUCCUCCUCCACCUCCCAUAAAAACAACAUCUAUCUACCUCUGCGUGAACAUAUCUGCCCCCUUUAAACCUCCUUUACCAUCCGUCUGACCUUCCAGUCCCUCUGCCCCUCUUCCUCCCUCCCUCCUCCUCCAUCAUGGCUCCGGUGUGCCGGUUCUCCUGCCUGCUGCUCCUGCUGCUCCUCCCCGCCGCUCGGAGCUCCUUCCCCCGCGGCGGAUCGGCGGACUGCGGCCCCGGGAAGGCCGCCGACUGCCCAGAUCUGUCUGAAAAGAAGAGCGACCUGCGCGUGUGCGACGCCGGGACGUGUCGCUUUGGAGGAACCUGUCGAGAGAACGGCGCCGAUAUCAAGUGUGUCUGCCAGUUUCACUGCCAUAAGAAGUAUAUCCCUGUGUGUGGGUCGAACGGAGACACGUACCAGAACGAGUGUUUCUUGAGAAGAGCCGCCUGCAAGAAGCAGAGAGCCAUCAGCCUCGUGUCUGAAGGACCCUGUUACCACGACACUGGUUCAGGUUCAGGAGACGGAGACGAUGAAGGCUCCGGUCGUGGGAAGAAAACCUCCAAAUGUGGAAACUGCAAGUUUGGAGCCGAGUGCGACGAAGACUCUGAGGACAUGCUCUGCAUGUGCAACAUCGUGUGUAACGGUCACAACGACAACCCGGUGUGCGGCAGCAACGGCGUCACCUACGACACGCCGUGUCACGUCCGGGAGGCGUCCUGCCUCAAGCAGCUCAAGAUCGACAUCAAACACGUGGGGCGGUGCCAAGAUAAAAGCCGGAAGGACGACGGCAUGAAGAACAAACCAGACAUUUACGCUGUGUCCAAACCCGGAGAGGGGGAGGGCUUUGCCGACAGCCCCGCCCCCUGCCCCGAGGACUACGCCCAGUUCUGUGAACACGGCCAGUGUGAGAUGAGACACAACCUGCCCACCUGCAGGUGUGAGGCGGCUUACGGCGGUCCUCAGUGCGACCAGCUGCUGGACUUCAACAUCCUGUACGUGGUGCCCAGCGGCCAGAAGCUGCACUACGUCCUCAUCGCCGCCAUCAUCGGAGCCGUGCAGAUCGCCGUCAUCGUGGCCGUGGUCAUGUGCUUCACCAGGAGAUGCAACAAAACGAAGCGCGGCCGCCGACAGAAGCAGCACCUGGGUCACUUCCCUUCAGGAACGUCCUCCAGGAUGAUGUAGCUGCCCUCGCCCCCCUUUUCUCAUGUUUUUUAUAUAAAUCUAACCAAGUCCAAUUUUUCGUACCACACCAACAGACUGCGGUUUUUUAUAUCUCCACUUUUUGGUGCCUCUUGGUUUCCCCGCCUUUUUUUUUUUUUUUUUUCCUGAUGUUAUGGAUUUCUUCUUAAGGGGCCUUAUUAUUCUGCUUCUUUCCCCUCUACGAUCUUGUUUUUUUUUUUUCCCCCCCUCAGCGCAGACGACUCUUUUAUUUUCCGGGGUCCGGCUCGUCGCGCUGCUGCCGUCCUCUCAGACUCUGAAACACUGUGGAUCCUCCGACAACAGACGAAAACCUUAUUUAUCUGAUUGUAUCGUCACUCUGGACCGUCCACAAGUGGGAAAACUCAGAUUGUGUCUUUUUAUUUUCAUCCUGUGGGACGCACGCCGACAGUUUUUUUUUUUUUUUUGUGCUUUGUCUUUUACAUUUAGCUGUUUGAAAUGAUCCUAAAGCUGCUGAACACUUCCUGUGUACCUCUAAAAUCAUUCGAUUUGAAUCGUUACUUAACAUUAUAGCUGAGUCCAAAAAGUAGACGAGACUCAACGCAUGAAGAACAUUUAAUAUGUGGCUGGAAUACAAGUUUUUCCUUUAAUUUUUCAGUUUCUUCUAGCCUGAAAUGAACAGAAAAAUUUCGAUAUUCGGUCAUUUUGGGAGGUGUUCAGAUACCAAGUAAAACAGUGUGAUAAGAGGAUGUUCAUCUUUGAGGGUCUGAAUGAUUGAGGAUGUGUUUUUAAUGCUAAUGCAAAGUCAUAAAAACAAGCUAUUUCAGGGUUAUAUUCUCAACAAAUAGUGAUGAUUUGUUGGAUUUCCAGUUAGCGGAUGUAACAAAAUGUGAAUACAUGUCAUUAACUUCUUGAUAAAGUAGAUAA